AUGUCAUAUUUCUUGUAGAAAUUCUGCAUUGUUAGCUUGCUCCUUGGAGUUUCGCUAUUUAGCCUCAGCAAUGCUCACCUCUCUCAUCAGAAUAAGGAAGCAUUAAGGUAAUUAGCCAAUGACUAGAUCAAAUAAGUCCUCUCAGGAUCAUUCACUAAUUUGAGCAGAGAUGUUAGAGUAUUAGCAGAAGCAAGCUAAGCCUUAGAGAUCUUAGGUAAAGCUGGAAACAACGGAAACGUGUGCAAAGGAUUGAAUAAAGUGCAAUAAAAACUUACUUAAUCUUCAGCUGAUCCUGAAUUGCUAUACCACUUAGCAGAAAUCAAUCGCAUUUAUAGUUGUGACUUCUUAUCAACCCACUCACUAGCCAUCUAGAAUUAUCUGAGUGGGAACAAUGCUGGCACAUCAGUCUCAGAACUCUACUUUGGCCAUCUGCUGAAUACUGACUCCCAGAAGUACGGGUUCACUGCGAGUGAAGCUUACAAUAAAAAUGUCCUCAGCACUCUCAAGAAAGAAGUCUCCAAAAAUUUCAAUAAUAAUAAUUGGGCCUAUAAAGGUGCUGAUGGAAAGAUUGAAGGUGUUUCAGUAAACAGCAUAAGAGCAGUAGAUCUAUUAAGUCAAUAAACUGAAUAUCUUGCAACUCUCGAUGCAUCAUUCUUGAAGUUGUAGAAGCAAGCAGUAACUUAAGCAACCAGUGAUAAUGAGCAAUAAUACUACGUAUUGAGUUCAACUGCUCGUUAUCAACAAGAUGUAUAUACAAAUGAGGACUUGAACCUCGCAUUCGUAAGACUAGGAUAAACCUUCCUAAAGCCUGAGGAGAAGAGAGGACUUAGAAACUACUUUUUAAUGAGAUCAAAGGGUGCCUCUAGCGCUCAUCAAUUACUUGUUUCACUAAGAGGAUUGAAAACACUUUCAGAUGUACCAAACAUUGAGCAUGACGGAGAACCAAGAAUCAGUCUAUCAAGUAAAUCUCAACAACUAAAGUUCAAUAUUUUGGACAACUUCGGGACUCCAUUCUAAGGCGUAAAGACAAUUAAAGUUAUUCUCGAAUAAAUAGAUGAAAAGCAAUCCCCAAGAGAUGUUCCAUCAAAAGCUAAUGCAGACAAUAAUCAAGUGACUGUUUCACUAUAAGAGGAUAAGGUUGGAAAAUUCAGAGUAGUUGUAGAACUUGAUGGCCUUAGAUACAAUAAAAUCAUUACUCUCGUUGAUAGAAUCCAAUUAAACACUGUCUAUUGGAAAAUAACUUAAUCAAAGACAUUCCCAGAUGCUCUCGAAAACUCAAUCAUUCAUCCAAAGCAAUUCCCUAAUGACAUUAAAAAUGCUCAAGAUGGAAACUUCCUUCAUGUGGGCGUCAGUGCUCUAUUCCAACAAUCGGAAGGAGGAAAUCCUCAAUAGAUCUACCUUAGACUUUAAAAGAAAGGAGCUGCAGAUCAUUUAUCUUACCAAGCCUAUGCUAAGUUGAAUGUUAAGACUGGUCUCUAUCACUUGACAUUUGAUUUUACUAAGGGUAUGGAACACUUAAAUGGUGAAUACUAAGUUGAACUACAUGCCUCUGAUUUCAGAGCUCAAAGAAAUGAAGUCUGGGACCUUGGUACUCUUAAUGUUUGGUUCAAGCAAGGACUGGAAGAAGGCAACAACCUAGGGCUCAAGGAUAUCUACCAACCAGAUAAGGUCAUUGUUCACAUUUUCCCAGAGAUACAGCCAGAAAGAAGUCUUUUCCUUCCAUUGAUUGGUCUUAGUCUCAUUACUGCCGUCUUUGGUCAAUAUGUACUGUAUUUACUCGGAAAUAAGGCAAACCUCUCCAAACUCACUUUCACAGGCACAUUAUUUAUCUUGACCAUUUUAUUGAUCUUGUUGAUCUUCACUGCAUUCUGGAUUGAAGUAAAGUUGAUCCCAACUCUAUGGUUAUUGCUAUUUAUCUCUCCAGUAGUUUUUCUUAUAUGCCAAAGAGGUCUCAUCCAAGCCGACUGCACGAUCCCAGAGUACAGAGCUCAAAUACAAGGAAGCAAGAAGAGAUUAGAAUGA